AAUCCCGCGAACAAUCACACGGACGCGACAUGAAAAAACAUGAAUACAAGCAACCGUUCGCGUCCAUCCGCGCCUAAUGAUAACGAAUUAUAUUGCUGUCUGGUGUUGGAGUAUAAAUAGUCUCCGGCACGGUAUCUGGCAGUAUCAGAACGCAAAGAUGACUUCAAACAGUAACAGCAACCCUGCUGCCAACGCCGGUCAGCAAGCCCAGUUUGUUGGAAUUAUUCCCGAGUACGAUGCGGACACGGACGACUGGAGUGUUUAUUACGAGAUUCUGGAGGAGUACUUCAAAGCCAAUGGUGUGCCGAACAGUAGUAAGGUUUCGGUGCUGAUCAGCGUGAUUGGCCCGGAUACAUACCGAUUGUUGCGAGACCUUUGCCAUCCAGAUUCGCCGAACAGCAAAACGUAUAACGAAUUGUGUGAAAUGUUGGCCAAGCAGUUCCUACCAGAGAUUGCGAUAUUCCGUGAAAGGGCCAAGUUCUACCGAGCAGAGCAACAACGUGGUGAGGAUGUCAAAACUUGGUACGCUAGGCUGAAGAAUUAUUCGGUGAACUGCAAAUUUGGAGAUCACUUGGAACCACUGCUGCUGGAUAAGUUCGUUGUGGGAUUGCAUCCCGGUCCGAUUCAGGAUCGGCUUUGUGAAGAGAGUGAAAAUUUGACAUUGAAAAAUGCGUUGGAUUUGGCUGCCAAUCGAGAGUCUGCUAUGCAGGAUGAAGAUAUGUUGGACGACAUGGCUGAUUUGAAUCUGGACGACCAUCAUCACAGGGGAAGAAAGCAUGGUGGUCGGCACCAUCACCGAGGACGUCAUCAUGACAACGAUCGUCACGGACAUGGUCACGGUCAUGGGGGUCCGCCACAUCAUGGACGUCAUGGACCACCCCAUCAUGGUCAUCAUGGCCACCAUGGACCUCAUGGUCGUGAAAUGCAUUUCCGAUUUGGCCCCCGUGGGCCACAUGGACCUCAUGGACCACAUAGACCGGGCCCAAAUCCCUGGGGACGUCACCCAUGGGGACCGAUGAUGAUGGAACGUUUUGGCCCAAGAGGAUUUCCCGAAUACGAGGGACCUGGAUGGCCCAUGCGUGGCCACGAGAUGAAACGUUGGGCAAAAUUUUGCCGCAAGAUGCAAUCCCGGAGACGCAAAGCCAGUACAAGUUCGAGCAGUUCAAGCAGCAGCAGUAGCAGCAGCAGCAGCAGCAGUGAUAGUGAUAGCGACAAUGAGGAAAAGAGGGGCAAGAAGGGACGCCGCCCACAUCGUGGACACAAGAAAGGUGGUCGCCAUGGAAAGUUCGGGCAUCAUGGCGAAAAAGGAUCGCGCAAAGGUCCAUGGGAAAAACGACGUGGAGGACGAAAGGAGCAACAGGAUGUAGAUCCAACUGUAACGGAAAAUACAGAGCCAGAGCUCAUCGAGUAGAGGACCACAUUAAUUUAAUAUAUUAGAAGAUUGCAUUAUAAUUGCUUCAUCAUUAGCCACAAAUCGAAUGAAAAAAUAAAAAAUAAAAAAAAAACCUGAAUUAAAUAAAUAUAAAUAAAAAGUAUAUAACAUUGAAAAAAA